UAUUAUGUACAAUUGUGCGUUGUAGGGAAAAACAUCUUCUUUUUUUGUCUUUAUGGUUUGUUGCAUUGGAUUGACAGAUCCAGAAACACUUUGAGAUCCGAAUGAAUGAAAACGUUUUGGAUAUUAUUCUUUCUUUUUCCACGUUGCACGGUGUCAGACGACAGGAAACUUUUUCAGGAGAAGAAUGAAUGAAAGGUUAAAACAGCGACUUUGAUUGCACAGAAUAUUUAAGGCUUGAUGGUUAUCCUGGUGCUCCGCAGCAACUUUGCACAACUUUGGCUGCAGCCAUGAAGCUGGAGAUGGGCCACUCUGUCGCGCGCGCGCUGACCCUGUUUAUGCUGGCGGCAUUCGCGGGAAGCGCGCGAGGCUGUCCGCGGCCGUGCGCGUGCCCGGUGCCCGGAGAGGUCCACUGCACGUUCCGUUCUCUGCUGACGGUGCCCGCUGGCGUGUCCCGCAAGGUGGAGCGCAUGAACCUGGGGUUCAACACAAUAAACCGAAUAACAGACAGCACUUUUGCUGCUAUGCGAAAGCUCGAACUCCUCAUGAUGCACGGGAAUAAUAUUCAUAACAUUCCUGAUGGAGCAUUUCGUGACCUAAUUUCCCUUCAGAUGAUGAAGAUGAGCUACAACAAGCUGAAGAUCAUUAGCAGACAAACAUUUCGAGGUCUCUGGAAUUUAGCCAGGCUGCACCUGGACCAUAACCAUCUGGAGUUCAUACACCCGGAUGCAUUCCAAGGCCUCACCUCUCUCCGUUUGCUUCAGUUGGAAGGCAACCGUCUUCAGCAGCUCCAUCCAGCCACAUUUGCGACUUUCUCUGUACUAGGUUACUUUCCAAUGUCCACACUGAAGCACCUGUACCUGUCUGAGAAUGGGCUUACAACACUGUCACCAACGAUGUUCGCUACUAUGCCUCAACUGGAAACCUUGUUCUUACAUGAUAACCCAUGGACCUGUGACUGUAGGAUGAAAUGGUUUAAAGAUUGGAGCUCAAAUUCACCAGAUGUACUUAAAUGCAAAAAAGAUAAAGGAGUACAAUCAUGCCCUGUGUGCUUCUCUCCUGAACAACUAACGAAAAAAGAUCUCCUCGAACUAGACAACCCAAAAUGCACAAGACCUGUCAUUAGUUCUCCUCAUAGGACCUCUGACCUGGAUACAGACAGUGAACUCAUGACAUCAGUUGACUUCAUUCAACCUCUUGGGAAUGCUUCGCUUGGCUUGUCAGAUGAACAUGGAAACCAAGUAAAUCUGAAUUGUCAUGUCAAUGAACCAACUAAGUCAACCAGAAUGACCUGGAGCCAAGUUAAAUCAUUUCAAAUUAACGCAAAUGUUACCAUGACAUUAGAUCUGGAAUGCCCAAUCGAAAGAGGUACAUAUGAAAAAGUAUGGAGACUUGUUGCAUAUUAUAGUGACACACCUGCUCACCUAAAAAGGGAGAUUAUGUUAAGCAAAGACCCUCAUAUUGGCUACAGGUAUCGCCAGGAUGCGGAAAUAGAUGCUGUUUACUUCACUGGUGUGAAAGCCAAUAUGGUAGCAGAACCUGCAUGGAUAAUGCAGCCAGCAGUGAACUUAAAGUUAAAUAGACCUCACUCUACAAGUAAAAGGGUUAGACUUGUUCUAAGCACCCAGCUAACACAGCUGGUAGAGGCGGAGGAAGAGAGGGAACAAAAGAGACAGUGGGUUUUGAUAGAAUCUAGAAACCUUACCAAAGUAUCUCAGGUUGUUGUGUUGGGCAACCCAAUUCAGAUGCGCUGCAAUGUGCACAGUUCAGGGAACCCCUUAAUAAAAUGGAUGCUGCCAAAUGGGUCUAACGUUGAAGCCCCGUAUCAAAGCAGUGAUAACAGGAUCACUGUGUCUCAAUCUGGUUUGUUGGCUAUAACAGCCGUGGAUCACUCAGACUCAGGUGUUUAUUACUGUAUAGCCACAGUGGUUGGUGAUAUAAGUAUUCUUCCCUUUCGUCUGACAGUGGAAGACUCUUCCACUCCAGCACCUGGAAGUGAUGGUGUGGCUGAACCUGUAGCAGGAGUCACUGGUGGGCGUGUUUCUCUUCCCUGUGUAGCCCUAGGAUCUCCUGAUCCAGGGAUAAAUUGGAUCCUGCCAGACAACACUAUCAUUAACACAUGGUCAAAUUUAUCCAGGAUGUUUGUGGCCUCAAAUGGAACUCUAACCAUACGCAACAGUCAGCUUUCAGACAGUGGUUAUUAUAAAUGCGUGGCAGAAACUCAACAUGGUGCGGACUCAUUAGCCACAAAAGUAACACUGAUGAGGCCCUCAGGAGGACAUGCUAUAAGGAAAUAUUCCAGUAGACCACAGCCUGCAGAAGGAGUCUCAACGAAAAUAAAAGCUCCAAUAAACAAUGAUGUGGAGGCAUCUGGGGAUAGUGAAAGUCAAGGGACUGAAGCUAAAGCUUUUGAACAAGUGGAUACCUCUUAUAAAAGGAGGAUUGCAAAUGUUCCUGUCCGAGGUGGACACCCAACUCGAAAAAUGUGGAGACGUCCUCCAUUGCCAAGAAGACGAAUAAACUCUACAGGUGUUGAGAGGAGUAAUGUGACAGAAACAAGGAGAAGAGUCAAUGUGUCAAAUGGCCAAAUAGAUCCUAAGCACUGGGCUAACAUCCUGGCAAAGGUCCGCAGUGGUAGUGAUAAUGCAAAAACCACCACAACUGUAAAUUCUGUUUUGACUAGCACGAAUCAACUGCAACAACUUGACACGUCUAUCACAAAGCAUCCAGGAUCUUCUAACAGAAAAGAGGCAUCAAUACCAGAUAGUACAACUGUAGCAAAAACACAAGAAGCAUCAUACACAGGGACAACAUCCAAACCAAUGGUGCACACCACUGACAUCAGCCUAGAUAUAAAAUCACUCCGUGCUGAAGAUCAAGUGCACAUAACCUACCAAAUCACCGCUCCAGAUGUCAACCAAGAUUUAGACUUGAUUGAUACCACAAUUAGUCCACAGCCUACUACUCGUUCUGUGAUCACCAAGUGGGAUGUAGUAAGCCCUGUUGAGAGCACGACUCCAUAUGGAACCCUUUUUCAGCAAAACCAAAGCCACACUUUGGGCAGCAAAGAAACGGAAGCAAUUUCCAUGGAUCGUGAUAAUGAAGAAGAUGUUGGUGAUAAUGAAGACAGCAUUUUAAAAACACCUAGCAUUGAGGUUUAUCAAGGGAAGUCUGAAAACAAUGAAAUAUCAACCACAUCUAUGUUUUUUGAUGAACAAAACACACAAAAUUAUGAUGCCAUUCAAAAAUUUACUGACAGUACAAAGACUGCACUACAAGAGAAGCAUGUCAGCUUACAAAUUCCACUACUUACCACUAUGGCACCACAAUCCCAAUCCACUUUAGGACAUGACAGAGGAACACAUGCUACCUCAAUUUCUCCUAAGCCUACCUUUCAUGCUAGGGGCUCAUCCAAUUCAAGACGUAAGAAUAAUGGCAAACGAAGAAAGCUUAAUAGAAAUAGAACAAAACACAAACUGCUCAAAUCUGCAAACUUCAUUAUUAACACUACAAAGCCCACUACUUUAGCCAUGGUUUUUGAGACCACCAAGAAUACUGCGAUGUCUGAGUUGAAAGUCUCAACAUCUACAGCAGGGGCUAUCAGCAUUGGAGCCACAAUGAAUACCACUGUUCAAUUUACUGAAAACCAAACAAUGUCACCCAUGGAAACAGGUCAUGAAAAGAGAACAGAUUCUUUAUUGGACAUCAAAACUACUAUAUCUCCUGAAACCUCUGUCAGUGGGACAGCAUCAGAACCAUUUUCUUAUGCCAAAACAGAUUAUAUUGCCCUAAGCACUACUGAGUUGCCAGUGUCUUCAUCAACAUCCUCAGGUUUCAUAGAAAAAUCGACUAUACACCAAGAAACAGCUUCUACUCUAUCUUCUCUGAAUCCAAACUCUCCAUCUACUGACCAUGAGGCAAUUAUAAGUCUCCACCCCUUGAUGGAAAUACAUUUUGAAGAGGCACAAAGUGAAACCACCACAAGACACUCUAGGUCAGGGCAAAAGACUGACAUAUCCCCAGAGAGUCCUCAAAAACAUUCAGAAGCAAUCCUAGGUGAAGUUCUAGCCAAAGUAGAAAAUCAAUAUAAUUUCUCACUUAAACCAUUCUCCUCGUCUGCUGUGAAAACCCAGCAUGAAGUAAUUGCAAGCUAUGACUCAGAAAUCCCUAGCGGCUCAACAAAAGCAAACAUCUAUGAGGGGGCUCCUGAGAAUUCUCAGGUUACAACAAAGAGGCCUAUAACAUCCCAAAAUGCUCAACAGUCUGGUAUGGCCACUACAACAAAACUAAACAGUGCUUCAGCGAGUGAAAACCAAGAAACAGACUCAGAUAGAAAGGCUGAAGUAGAAAACAAUACUGUACCUCUGAUGGAAGCUGUCACCACAUUGAAACUCACAACAGCAAUUUUUGCUACAACCCCAACAUUAACACCACCAGAAAUGUUAUCAGCAACAACAAUGCCUCCAAUAACACCAAAAAGACCCUCUGUAAUCCACCCACAUACAACUUUCCAGAAUAUGUCUUCCACUUGGAGCAGGUCAGGUAUACCUGACAGUCCAAAUCAUAUUCCUGAUAGACACAGAGAAAGAAAUUUGAACCCUGAACACAGUAUCAGGACACCUAGUAGAAACCGGCCAACUGUGUUUCAUUCAGCAAGUCUAUCAAAAGACAAAAAAACAGAUAUUACUGAUGCUGAAUUAAACACCAAAAAGCCAAAACCACAGAAGGUACUUAAAUUUCCUGCAACCACCCCAAAAGUCAUAGUUCCUCCUCCAAGACAAAUACUUCCAGUCAAGCCAAAUGGUUCUUCCUCCUUCAUCCACUAUCCUACAUCCACCUACGGUGUUCAUCAUUCUCAGCAGGAGCCAGUUAUCCCUGCUAAAAGAGGACAGCCUAAGAUUACCAGCACCAACAUAAGCAAAGUGACAGUACAAGCUGAAUCUAAUGCCAAUCUGCCCUGUGUUAAUGUAGGAGAGCCGAAACCCUUCGUUUUCUGGACUAAGGUCUCGACAGGAGCCAGCAUUUCUCAAAACACCAAGAUUCAGCGAUUUGAAGUCCACCCCAAUGGCACCCUCACAAUCCGCAGCGUGAUACCGUUAGACCAGGGCCAGUACCGCUGCAGUGUCCAAAACCAGUAUGGACAAGAUAAAUUGGUGGUCACUUUGAUAGUUUUAGCUGAAUACCCCAGAGUGCUUCAGCCACGCUAUCAAGACAUAACCAAAAACAUGGGAGUUACUGUUGAUUUGGAUUGUUUUUCCCAAGGAAACCCUCAACCUCGCACUACAUGGGUACUGCCUAAUAGGGUAAUAGUACAUACAGAUGCUCCCUCCCUUGGUGCACUUGCUCACAGGGUUUCAGUUUUAACCAACGGCACACUCAGGAUUAAAUCUGCUGCAAACACAGAUAGUGGUGUCUAUAAGUGCAUUGCUAGCAAUGCAGCUGGUGCAGAUGCUAUAUCUGUGCAUCUUACCAUUGCUGCUUUACCUCCAGUGAUCCAACAACUGAAGAAUGAGAAUAUUACUCUCCCAGAAGGGAGCAAUGUCUACAUCAACUGCAGUGCCAGAGGUACUCCCCCCGCUAACAUAACCUGGUCUAUGCCAAAUGGUGUGCAGCUUCAUUCUUCUGUAUAUGUUAGUAGCCUUAACCUGUUUGUUUUCAACAACGGGACCCUGUAUAUUCGGGGGUUAAGUCCAGUGAAUGCAGGGAAAUAUGAAUGCACAGCUACUAAUACAGUUGGGAUUUCAUCCAGAACUGUUAGACUGACAUUAAAAAAAUCUAUUGCAUCAGCCAGAGCCAGGAUUACUUCCUCAUCUCCACAGAAAACAGAUGUCAUCUAUGGGGGGAAACUGCAACUAGACUGUGUUGCAUCAGGAGAUCCAGAGCCCAAGGUCAUCUGGAGGACUCCAUCCAAAAAGCUGGUGGAUGCUCAUUAUAGUUAUGACCCCCGGAUCAAGGUUUUUGCCAAUGGAUCAUUGUCUAUCUAUGCUGUAACAGAAAAAGAUCAAGGAGACUAUCUUUGUGCUGCACAUAACAAAAUGGGAGAUGAUUAUGCACCUCUUAAGGUCAGUAUAUUGACAAAGCCAGCCAAGAUUGAACAGAAGACACAAAUCAACCAGAAGGUGACAUACGGGGGUAACCUAAAAGUCGACUGUGUUGCAUCUGGUUUACCAAACCCAAAGAUCCAGUGGGCACUGCCUGAUGGUACUAUGGUCAACAAUAUUAUGAAAUCUGACAGCAGCAGUGUUGGCUUAAGUAGUAGAUAUGUGGUUUUUGACAAUGGAACCUUAUUCUUUAAUGAUGUGGGGAUGCAUGAAGAAGGUGAUUACACAUGUUAUGCUGAGAACCAGAUUGGCAAGGAUGAGAUGAAAGUACAUAUUAAGGUUGUGCCAGAUAUGCCUGUGAUCAGAAACAAGACCUUUGAGGUAAUCAAGGUCAUGUAUGGAGAUUCGGCUUCACUGAAGUGUUCUGCAAAAGGAGAGCCCAACCCCCAUAUACUGUGGUUCUCUCCAGCAAAUAGAAUGAUUCCUUCUGCCUCAGAAAAGUAUGUAAUCCUUAAUAAUGGGUCACUUGUUAUUCAGAAAGUGCAACGCUUUGAUGGUGGGAACUACACGUGUCUAGCCAGGAACAGUGCAGGGCAAGAUCGUAAAGUGAUCAGGCUGGAAAUCCUGGUGUCACCUCCUGCAAUCAAUGGGUUAAGAGGCACCAUAAACUCUUUGAAAGUAUCUGCAAUGAAAAAUCAAAGGAAACUGAUCCACUGUCAGGCUUCUGGUAUUCCUGUUCCGCAAGUGCUAUGGGUUUUCCCAGAGAAUGUUAUUCUUCCAGCACCACACUAUGGAAGCCGGAUGACAGUCCAUCGUAAUGGAACUCUUGAUAUUCAUUCACUAAGGGUGACCGACUCAGCUAAAUUAACCUGCAUUGCUCGUAACGAAGGUGGUGAUGCAAGGUUCAUUGUACAACUCGAUGUUAUGGAUAUGGAUGUUAUAGAGAAACCAAGACUCAAGAGUCCUAAAGCAGAAUCUGUUUCUCUAACCGUAGGCAGGACAAUGAUGCUAAAUUGUUCUGUUGAAGGUUCCCCAGCACCACAAGUGACCUGGCUUCUUCCUAGUGGUUCUUCACUAAUGAGUGGCACCCAACUUAACAAGUUCUUUCACAGGUCUGAUGGGACUUUGGUAAUUACUAACCCAGCUGUGUCAGAGGCAGGAAUGUAUCGAUGCUUGGGACGCAAUGCUGGUGGCCUGGUUGAGAGGGCUGUGGUGUUGACUCCAGGGCGGAAGCCAGAGAUUAAUAACAGGUACAACUCACCUGUUAGUGUCAUAAAUGGGGAAAGCCUGCAGUUGCACUGUCUGUCUACUAGUGACCCUGUCCGUCUUACCUGGACUUUGCCAAGUGGGGUUGUUCUAAAUAGACCUCAACGAGCAGGUCGCUAUGCUGUUCUACAAAAUGGUACUCUUUCCAUCCAGCAAGCUUCUGUGUAUGACAGGGGCUCUUACACCUGUACUGCUGCAAAUGAAUAUGGAAGCUCCUUGCUAACUAUCCCAGUGGCUAUAAUCGCAUACCCACCACGAAUUUCCAGUGGCCCACCUCCUACCAUCUAUGCCAGAAGAGGUGUUGCUGUGCAACUGAAUUGUGUAGCUACUGGUAUCCCCAAGGCAGAGGUGGCAUGGGAGACUCCAGACAGAACAAGGUUAAUUGUCAGCACUCAGCCACGGCUGUUUGGAAACAAGUAUAUACACCCUCAGGGCUUCCUUAUAAUUCAGAACCCCACGCCAAAAGACACAGGUUUCUACAGAUGUACAGCUAGAAAUGUGAUUGGGGUUGACUCAAAGGGUACAUACCUUCAUGUAUACUGAGAAGCAGUAAAAUUACAACAUGCCCAAAGAUCUGCGAUGUUUAGUUAAUCCAUAACUGUCUAUCUAGCUAUUUAUCAAUGUGAACAUGACAUGCAACCAUUUUAGGACAUGUUCUACUGUGUUUCUGGAACAUUUAUUAUCACGUCACCUGUCUGUUGUUCGACCAUGUCAGUUAUUGCAAACAUCUAGGGAGAUGCGCUACUUAUCCCAUGCAUAUCUAAUAUCUGGUAAUGACUAAUCCCACAGUUUAAGUUUUUUUUUUUUUAUGUAAAUACUACAACCUGUAUUUUUAUGCUGCAGCCAGACACAAUUUAUGUCAAACUGUAUAUAUGAGGCUUUUAUUUUAUUUCUUUUGAUUUUCUUUUAUUUAAUCUUGGAAAAAAAUAUUGAGGAUAUUUUGCUGUCUUCAGUGUGGAGAUCAUAUGAAUAAAUCAGGGAUACUAAACCAGACAGUUACAUUAACUAAUGUUUUCACAUGGGUUAAGGAAAACUGGUUAAUGAAACUUUUAUUGCUUUUGAAUACAUUAACCUUUUAAGUUCCUGUACACACAAAACUAUAAAGGUAUAACUUUUCUUGGCAAGGUUCUUGCAUAUUUGGUUUGGGACACAUUGUUGACAUUGGGCUGAUUGGAAGAAGUGUGUAAACACCCUAGAAAACACCAUGCCUUGGUUGCAGUUAAAAGGCAUAUACAAUAACAUUAAAUAUAGAAAAGUUUUAUAGUUUCAUAUUCGGUUUAUAACCUGAAACCCUUUCAAAAGUGAACAUUGUCUAACUUUUAAUGCUGCAUCCCAUUCCUGUAGGGUUAAGUACGUAUACUGACUGCAUCUUUGUAGAACUGACCGAAAAAGGCACAUUUUUUCCAUGACUUUGUUUUAACUUAUUUGUCUUUUAAAGACUUGCAUUGAGAUUUAAUUUUAUUUUGGAUAUGUAAUAAAGACCAUUUUAAACAA